AAAAAGCGAUGCAUAUCGCUUCGCUAGCUAUGCUCAAGGACCAGCAAGCUACGAUAUGCUGAAAGCUUGACAACAUGAAUGAUUUCCCGAAAUUAAUUGAGAUGCCAUCUUCAGCAAUGCGAUGUAUAUCAAAAAUCAAAGCUCUGGACAGUUAUGGUCUGGAUACCAGAUUUUUUGAUGAAGACUUACAAGCAAAAAAGUAGAAAUCAUGUUCAUACAGCUCAGAAGGAAGCCAGAAAUUCAACUUUCAAAAUUCAAGUCAGCACUGCACGGGCUACCAAAACUGUUUUUGACACUAAACUGAAGAAUUACAUUACAAAUCAGGAGCAUGAAGAGAAAACUAAAUCUGAGUGCAAUUUUGAUGAGUUUGUGUGCGCGAGCAAUUGUUUAUUCCGGUUUAACUUCAAGCAGAAUUGCCACGAGCUGCAAAGUCCAGCUCAUUCAACAUCUUCAUAUGCGUAAGCAUCACGACCCUUAACCUGCUUGAGUUCCUCUUUGUC